AUGGAAGGUGGGAAAGAACGACCCUACCAGUCCCACGUUAGGCCAGCAUGUAUUGCUUGUCGGCGACGAAAGUCGCGCUGUACGAUUGAAGCCCACUCGUCGGCAUGCAUGACGUGCCGCGCCCACGGCACGGAGUGCUUCUUCCCCGCCGACAAACGACGAAAAACGUCGCAUAGAACGCCUAGGAGAAGCCAAAGGCAAAAUAUCGGAACUGCAGAAUUUUCCGGUGAAUUAAGCAACCCAACGCCAACACCACGAACAAUACCGUCAUUCAGUUUCCCCGCCGUGCAAACACUCCCUCUUUCCGAUGGCCCAUUUUCUACCGGCAAUUCAUCCUCGCAGUUCAUCGGUGCCGUAUGGCCCCAAAACCAAGCAGUUCAAGAUACAGCUCUGUCUUUAGAGGCAGACGAUGACAACCCACAUAUACUCGGCCCAGCUGUCAUGGGCGAUAACCACAUCUUAGCGGACUACCUAUCUAACAUACCAGGAAAUCGAGGAAUGCGAGCCAUUCGUCCAGUGGAGCUUGGCAGCUCCUCAUCUCCGAUAGUUUUCACAAAAGUGCAAAAGCGGCCACUGGGAAUGGUGCUCAAUUCAAAUCCUGUGCUACAUAAGCUGCAGGUAAUCGAGAAGCUGAUAGAGCCCUGGGCUCUUCAUCUGGUCGAUAUGUACCUCAAUAAAGUAAACCCGUGCUUCCCAUUGUUGGAUGAGAAUACGUUCCGUGAACAGUAUAUCAACGCUAGAGGCCGCAUCUCCCCCGCGUUUCUCUCAUGUUUAUAUGGGCACAUGCUGGUUUUCUGGCGGCAUGACCCUGAGCUAUCACAGGUACGAUGUCCGGACGGUCGGUUCAUAUGGAAUCUGGCCUCGGAGGCUUUGUACUCCGAGCUACAUCUCGCCCCUGGACUGUCAACUAUCACCGCGAUCCUUCUGAAUAUCGGUGGUCGUCCGACUACUUCUAUGAUUGGGAAUGGCAUUCAACUGGGCUCAGCAGUCGCUCUUUGCCAUUCAUUGGGACUAAAUCGAAAUCCACUCCCAUGGGAUAUACCGCAGGCGGAAAAGCAUCUGAGAAUGAAGAUUUGGUGGUCGAUGCUCGUCCAUGAUCGCUGGUCGAGUCUUGCAUAUGGUACACCACCUCACAUCCGACGGACACAAUACGAUGUCCCCAUCCCAACAGAAGAAUAUCUCUCUUUUCAUGGACAACACAAAAAGGCACAUGGUGCAUUCAUAGCUCUCGUGCAUCUUACAGAAGUGCUUGAUCACUGCCUUGAGCACGUUUACAACAUCGGCCUGGACGGGCCGGAGAGAAACCUUGAUUUGGAGCUGAACAAAUGGAUCGAGACCCUGACAGGAGACGUCCGCAAAAUCGUCAUCCGAGGACUGAGUUUGGAAAUCCCAGGGGCAUCCAACUUACGCCUUGCCUACCUCGCCGUUAGACUCCUCUUACGAAGAAUCUAUUUAGACAGAGAAAGACAGCGACCCGAUUAUAACACUGAGCAACUCGCGAAUCAAACCAUGGAUGCCCGACGAAUAGCAGAAGAUAUCGUGAUCCUGGUCCAGGAACUCGAACCGGCUCAACUGGGGGAUUUUUGGCUUCCAGUUGCUGCAUUCACGUUUGUUUCCACGGUCACUUUCUUGAUACGCUGCGCCCUUGAAACGGAACAGUCAGCUACUGGACUUUCCCAAAGUACGUCUCUCCAAAUGGCAGACGAAUUCUUAGCAUCUCUAAGAUCGCAUCAAAAGAACUUUGGGUGGGAUCUUGGGGAUAUCUGUCUUGCUCAGCACUCGGAAUUGGUUGAAAAACUCCGGACCUCUCCGCCUAUUAGUGUGCCAUCAGAGGAUUUGACUACAGAGGCUCGGCAGCAUUUAGUCCCGGAUACGACAUUUAUAGAUGAAUUGUUCCCAAGUAUUUGGGAUACGUUGCAAAGUAUGUGA